AAGUGAUUCAACAUUCCAAGCUAAGUAAUAAUUGAUUUCGAAAGCUCCAAGUCAUUAAGAACAGAGAGAGACAGACAGAGAGGGAGCACGCUAGACUUGGAGCUUCAAGAAGAAUUGAGAUACGAUUUUGAUUCAGAGAUGGGUUUCACUGCUACAUCUCUACUCCCCACACCUCUGCAAUCGUCUCCAUCUCUCUCAGAACAGAAGAGCUCGCUCUUCUUCUAUGACCACCGCUCCAAGAAGAAAAAAUCGAACCGGUCGAUUGUUCCGGUUGCAAGGCUUUUUGGGCCUGCCAUCUUCGAAGCAUCCAAGCUGAAGGUUUUGUUCUUGGGGGUGGACGAAAAGAAGCACCCCGGUAACCUUCCGAGAGCUUACACGCUUACCCACAGCGAUAUCACCGCUAAACUUACUCUGGCCAUCUCUCAUACUAUCAAUAGCUCCCAGUUACAGGGGUGGUACAACAAGUUACAGAGAGACGAAGUGGUUGCAGAGUGGAAGAAAGUGAAAGGGAAGAUGUCCCUCCACGUUCACUGCCACAUAAGUGGGGGACACUUCCUCUUAGAUCUCUGUGCAAAGCUUAGAUACUACAUCUUCUCCAAAGAGCUCCCUGUGGUACUGAAGGCCUUUGUUCAUGGAGAUGGGAAUCUCUUCAACAAUUAUCCAGAGUUGAAGGAAGCACUGGUCUGGGUUUAUUUUCACUCGAACAUUCCAGAAUUCAACCGGGUAGAAUGUUGGGGUCCACUUGAAGAUGCAGCUGCACCUUCCUACGGUGGUGGUAGCCAUGAUCAUCAGAUCUCUUCUUCCAGAGAACAAAACAGAAACUGGACUAGGCCAGAGGCCUGCCCUGGUAGCUGCGCCUGUUGCUUCCCUCUCACGAGUUUAAUCCCAUGGUCCCAAGAUUUUAGAGAGGAGAGCCAUGAGAAUCAACCAACCCUGCAACAACAAGUAAUGGAUUGAGGGAGGGAGGUGUUUGGGCUCUUUAGCUAUUGAUCUAAAGCCUAAGAACACUUGAUGUUCUUUUCUGUAAAUAUAAGUAGUACAUACAAACUCAACCCUGAAAGCACCAAAGAUGGUAAGACAAAAUGGGUUGGGCCUCAACUCACCUCAGCUUUAAAUUAAAUCCCAACCAUUUGGGUAAGGGGGUCGGGAACAUUCUUUUUCUUUUCUUUUCUUUUUUUUUCUGGUAUUUUUUCUUCUUUCUGUAACAUUUAGUCUUCCUUCUUCUUUGGCCAUGUCUGGUAUUGGGAAGGAAUAUUUGGUGUACCACAUGUCAAUUUGAUUAGUAAAUGUGUAGAUGUUAAAUUAAUAUGUA